GGGGUCAAUUCACAAAGAUAAACGUUAUCGCUUUCACCUAGUAGAUAAAUUACCGCCCCUUAUCUAACGCUAGUAACCAUGGUAUUCACGAAAGCUUCAAUCGUUAUUUAAUGUAGUCGUUAUGGUUGUCAACUGACUCGUUAUCCAAUCGUUAUGGUUACGUUUCUAACGUAAAUCUCAUUUAGAAGAACGGUAUUCUAACGAAUCAAUCGUUAAUUUAAUGUCCCAAAGCGUAAUAAUAACGUCUACGCUCGUUAAUUAACGCCGGAGAGAUGCAUUCUGGGAGCAGAAGAGGAGGAGAAUAGUUCAUCCUAACCACGUGUUUCCUCUGUAAUUGCGUCCUUUGACCCGGAUCUGGAAAAGUAAAUAAAAGAAAACACACCUGGAGCUCGAGCGCGUGGUGUGGGUGGAAAAAACAGCAGCAGUAGCAGCAGAAAACAUGAGGCCGAGUCUAAGAUCGCUGUUUGAGCAAAUUGUUAAUUCGCCCAUCGAACAGUCAGAAGAACAUUCAAGCUCCAAUGAGGAAAAUGACAAUAAUGGAUCUGUCAAGUCAGUGGGUCAUGUACCCGGAAAUCUAGCUGCUAUGGUGCGCACCCAAAAAAAAAAUAUGACGGUAGAUACUAAAGAUAAAUCACAGACAUCAUCGAAGCCUAAGAAACCUGAUUCCAAGGCACAGACCACUCCUCCUGGGAAUAUUAACUCACUUAAAAAACGAAAUAAAAGAAAAAAUUCAGAAAAGGAACGCAAAAAGGAGACACCGUCACCCAAGGAUGUGGGUCCAUCCAAAUUUACGGAAACAUUUGGGGAAUGUAUUAAGAUCAAAACUGCGUAUGAUACCGCACAAAAAUCAACAUCAGAAUCACAACAAAGACACAAAUCAACAAAAUCGACGCAUGAAGAUUACAAGCAAUCCAAAACAUACCCAAAAGCUAAGCACCAAAAGCAGCAGCCUGAGUUUGGUAAGAGCAAUUUCCAUCAUCAAGACAAAUCUGAAUGUAGAGUUAGUAAAGCAAGCAAGUCCCAUCCAGAACCUAGACCACCCAUGGAAUCAUCUCAGCAAUCACUAUUCUCUACUGAAGUGCCAAAAAAGAUCUCCAAGCCAGCAAGGUCAGAUGUCAUCAUGUCAUCUAAUCCUGCCUCGCCAGUGUUAAUAGACGGAGAUGAAUUUUCGACAGAGAGUGAAUCUGAGAAUCCAGCAGUUCGUCCAGGCAAAAAAAUCCUUAAGGAAAAAAAGCGAAUCCGAAAUCGAAAAUUCACAUUCCAUGAAAACCUAGUCUUAAUUGAGAACCUUGUUCCACAUUUUCACAAGCUCCUUGGAAACAGAGCAGCUGCUACGGAGUCAGCAUGGAAAAACACAAUCUGGAAGCAAAUUGCAGAUGCAGUUACGAGUGUGGGUGUCUCUCCAUGAUCAGCAGAUAACGUACGUAAGCGGUACCAGGACAUUCGGCUUCUACUAAGGCGCAAGAUUUCGGAUGAAAACAAGAGCAGAAAAGCAACAGGGGGUGGCCCU